AUGACAGUAGCCGUCAAAGAUGAAAACUCUUUUCAUCAGAUAUUCCAAUCGAUACCAAACGAUGAAAACUGUAGUUAUACCGAUGGUGGAUCAGUCUCCAUUGGAAGAUUAUAUAUUUCACAACAACAUGUUUCCUAUGCACCAAAACUAGGAUCGACACAGAUCAUCAUUCCAAUCAAAGAUAUUACAAACAUCUCAAAGAAAUACUCUGUUUAUUUAUUCCCCAAUGCAAUUGAAGUAUGCACUUCAACUCAAAAAUAUUUCUUUUCAGCAUUUUUAUCAAGAGAUUUAGCAUUUGCAACACUUCAAACAUUGUUUCAACAGGGUGGUGGUACAAGAACCAAGAUCUUUGAAGAUGCAAUGAAUGGUAUUAUAUAUGAUGAGAAAACAGCGACAUCAGCAAUCAAAUCAUCGGAUGACGAACAAGAACAUGAACCAUUCCAAGAUACACCAACAGUCUCUAGUUUUGUACCAACUAGUUCAAGCUUAUCGUCGUCUACCUCUCAAUUUCCAGAACCUUUGACUCAGAGUGCGAACAACUCAGAGUCUACCUCACAGACAAACAGCUCUGGAUCAAAUUCACCACCAAAGUCACAGUCUCCUUCGAUAAAGAUGUUAAACUCUACCAUCGAUAGUUCAAAGGAGCAAUCGAAUGGUGACAGUCAGAGCAAUGGUCAGACACCGGUUGAACUCGAUGAGAAUUUGGUGGUUGGUAAUCAACCCAAUGAAGAAUCUACACCGACAACAACAUCAACCUCAACCUCAACUACCACAAGCAAUAGCAAUACCACUAGCAACACCACACCAACAACACAAUCAAGUUCAUCAUUACCAUCAACACCAAAGAAAGCUGAUUCACAAUUGAACUUGAAUGAAUCUUUAUCAUCGUCGACACCUAACAAACAAACAACAUCUCAACAAACAACCACCGCCACUCAACAACAACAACAACAGCAACAACCACCACAACAACAAACAUCAAAAUCAUCACCAAUACAGAAAAGAAAGAACACUGUUGAUUCAUUACCAACACAGCAACAACAACAACAACAACAACAAAAUAGCGCAGCACCAUCACCACUCAGACAUACUAUUUCCUACAUCUUCACUCAUCUCUACACCAAGCAAUGCACAGCCUCAACUGGUGCAACAUCUUCACCAUCACCAGCAUCAGUUGCAGUUUCGAAUACACUUCAAUUUAAAUCGAUACCAAUCAAAGAUAAAUGCGAGCAUAUCGUAUCCAGUGAAUUUGAAGAAGCUCCAUGGGCAACCGAAAAGUAUCCGAUCAGUGUUGAAGAGUUCUACAAUGUUAUUAUUAGAACAGACUUUUGGGCGUUGGUCAACACCACUCAUGGAUACACAGAGCAAUCGGUCAAUGAAUGGAAGAAUGGUUCGUGUUGUACCACCAGAACAAUGGACUUUAGAACGGCCAUCAGCUUCAAGAUUGGACCAAAAUCUACAAGAGUCUACCAGACUCAACGUUGUAGAUUGAGAAACAAAGACGAGUUGCUUUUGCAGUGCAGCUCCGUCUCUAAAGACGUGCCAUACGGUGACUCGUUCUCGGUUGAAAAUCUAUUUUCCAUCGCCUCUGACGACGGAGGAAACGGUUGCACCGUAAAGUUGUCAUCAAAGAUCAAGUUCACCAAAACUCUCUGGGGUAUUGCAUCAAUGAUUCAAAAGUCUGCCUACCAAGGAAACAAAGAUUACUUUGUGCUCUGGUUCUCAAUGGUGAGAAACCAAAUCGAAGCCUACACAUAUAACAAACUAAAACAAGCCAAAUCAGCAAUUCCAGAUCCAACCACCUCAAGCGCAACAACAGUCACCGAACAAACCGUACCACAACCGACCACAACCACCUCCACCACUUCCACCUCCACCACCCCCACUACACAAGAAAACGUCAGCACUCAAACAAACCAAGAAGCAACCACUAGCAACCAACCAAAGGAAAACGAAACCACCUCAACUCACACUUCAGUUCCAACGAACCUUUCACUCACAACACUCUGGAAGAAUCUUUCAUCGACAGAGAAACAGAUUUCCCUAUUGGUGGUUGCGCUAAUAUCUAUACUAUUUAUUGGACUUGUCAUCAAUGUAUAUUCAACAUCUAGAACCAAUCAAUGGUUAAAUCAAGAGCUAUAUAAAUUCUCAGACUCUGUCGUUUUGCUUGAUAGCAAACUGAAUUCAUUGAUAGAGGGCAAGUCUCCAGAGAGAGGCGAUGUUGUCAUAGCGAAUGGAAAUAUUGGAACGGAUCGACUGGAAAUACUACAAAAGAAACUCGAUAUCGCAUCGGCAUUGCUACAGAGAACACAAAGUGUCAUUUCCAACCUUCAGGGUGAACUCUCUAUUGAAGCACUCAAAGUAAAGAAAUUCGAAGAGAUAUCAACCUCAUCUGGAAGUUGGUCACCAUAUAUCUUGACUUUAUUGGUUCUCGUUGGCAGUGCAUUGCAUUUCACUGGAGUAUUAAGAACUUUCCUACCAUAA